AUGCAGUUUUCGAAUGCAGUAAGCCCACAGUCAUUAUAUACGCCAAGCUGGAAGGUCGAGAGCAAGUAUUCAACCAGAGUGCUCACCGGAAACUGGGUGGAAGAGAGGAGGAAGUUCAUCAGAGACACUGACAAGACCCCCCAGAGCUCCUACAAGAAAGGGUACAUCCCUUUCCCCGGCCACAGACCGGACCAGAUCUCCAGGUGGUAUGGGAAGAGGAGAAUCGAGGGGCUCCCGUACAAACACCUGAUCACCCACCACCAGGAGCCCUCGCACCGCUACCUGAUCAGCUCGUACGACGACCAUUACAACCGGCACAAUUAUAACCCGGGCCUGCCCUCGCACCGCACCUGGAAUAGUCAUAAACUGCUGUGGCUUCCAGAGAAAAACGACUUCCCUCUUCUCGCUCCCCCUACAAACUACGGACUCUAUGAGCAGCUGAAGCAGAGAUGGCUCACCCCCGAGGCUGGCCUGCACAAGAGCACCUACACUUUGUCCUACCCAAGACCACAGCUGUGCUCUCUGUCCCAGCGGGAGCACGCCAUCCCAGUCCCUCCCCAGCGCCUGCAGCCUGUCCCACGCUUCUGAGAACUGUCACCCCACCCACAGCGCAGGCAGAACCAACUGGAGACCUACUGUGCGAUUGGACCUGCCAGAGAGCAGGCAGCUGCAGAUACACCCCAAGUUUUAAAGGCAGCCCA